GCAGUCAACAACUAACUGAUGGGUAAAUUGUGAUAAGCCUCUUCGAAACGUACUUUUCCUGCCAUAUCUCAGAAGCUGUUAGUUUUUCAUGCUAGUAUGUUGUUGUAUAUGGUGAUUUUUUGAAACUGUCUGGUUGAAAAACAAAAUUACUCCACAUAUAGAAAGUUCAUGACUACGGAGUUCUGUUCAUGAGAUACUGUGCAUGUCAGAUGUACCUUGAGUAGUUCUUCACGUGCCAAUGAUCCAACACUAGACGACAGCCCGGCGUGUAUUACAUAAACGAAAAUCAGCUGUAUCUCUCGGUGUUACAGGACAUCCCGCCCACGUAGGAAGAGUACGAAGUCUUUCAAGAGCUCGAGGGACUGAGGAACAUGGAGUGGCUGUUCGCCGUGCUGGCAGUGGCCGUGCCUCAGCUGUGCCUCGCGAGGUUCUACCACGGCGACCCGGCGGUCCGCGAGGUGACCGCGACCGACGAUCCGGGCGAAGCCCUGAUCCUCACGCCGCUGAUCAAGGCCGGGGACAUCGAGAGGGCAAGGGAUCUGGCGAGAGUCGGCGUGCUGGAAGAGGGGGUGGACCUCGAGAGCUACUCGGGCUUCUUCACCGUGGACGAGAGAUUCAACUCCAGCCUGUUUUUUUGGUACUUUCCUGCCGAGACAAAGAAUGCAUCCGCGCCGGUGGUCUUGUGGCUGCAAGGUGGUCCGGGAAGUUCCUCCUUGUUCGGACUUUUCACAGAGAACGGGCCUUAUGCUUACACAGAAGACGAAAAACUAGUCCGGCGGGAGUAUUCCUGGGGAAAGAGGCACAACCUGCUUUACAUAGACAACCCCGUUGACACCGGAUUCAGUUUUACGAAUAGCAGUGAUGGACUCUCGAGAAAUGAAACAAACGUGGGGCAGAACUUGUAUUCUGCGAUAGUGCAGUUCUUCACAAUGUUCCCAGAGCUGCAGAACAGUGACUUCAUUCUAAGUGGGGAGUCCUACGCAGGAAAAUAUGUUCCAGCUGCAGCAUAUGCUAUCCACAAGAACAAUCCAACAGCUAAUCUUACAAUUAAUCUCAAAGGUCUGGCUAUUGGCAACGGGCUGUGCGAUCCUGCUCAUAUGAUGUUGUACAGUGAUUACUACUACCAGUUGGGUAUCAUAGAUAAGAAAGAUAAGGUGUAUUUCCGACAUGUUGAGGAUGAUAUUCGGAACAAGAUUGCUAACAAGGAGUGGAAGGAAGCAGCUGAGCUGCGCCUGAAGCUGCUUGGCAGCCACAUGAGGAACCUGACAGGAUUCAGCUACUUGUACAACUACCUGUACAACACGGAGCCUGUGCGUGGUGGGAACUACUCCCAAUUCGUGCAGAGCGAGGCGGUGCGCAGGGCCCUACAUGUGGGUGGAGCCCGCUACCACACGGGCCUCAAUGUCUCUGAGAGCCUCAUGAAUGACAUCAUGCAGUCCAUCGUGCCGUGGUUAGUUGAACUGCUGUCGGCUGGCUACCGCGUGCUCGUGUACAGCGGCCAGCUAGACCUGCGGAUCCCAUACCCGACCACUGUGGCCUUCCUGCGCGCCAUGGAAUGGGGUGGAGCCGCCGAGUACCUCGCUGCCCCGAGGCGCCAGUGGCAUGUCGGCAGUGAGCUGGCGGGCUAUGUCAAGACGGCUGGGAACCUCACGGAACUGCUGGUCAGGAACUCUGGGCACAUGGUGCCUGCCGACCAGCCCAAAUGGGCAUUUGACCUCAUCUCGAAGUUCGCAGAUGACAAACCAUUUCAUUAAGUGCACUUCCAUCAUUGUAGUAAGAAAUAAACCAAUUAAAUGUUUAAAAUCA